UAUAUAGACAGACUAACUGUCAGGAUUCAGACUUGGAAACAGAGGUAAGUGAUGAACAUAAACUUUUCUUUAUUUUCAAACAAAGGCAAGUAUUCAGGAUUUCAGGUGCUUAGAGGUGAUCUACGAGGAGGAUACGUGGCAGGAAGUAAUCCAGGUGAGUAAAUCCUCUUCUUUAGGAAUAACAUAAACGAUGAGACAGGACAAUUACUUUCCUUUUCUCUCUUUCAGCUCUUCUUCGAGCAGACGGGGUGCAGGAAGGAUUCCAGAGCAUCCAUUAGGUGAACGAGACUCGGGGCAGAUUCCAGGACACAGAGAACGAGAAUCAUGGAGCAGAUCCUGGGAACAUCAGAACACAGACAGAGAGAACUCUCAUAACAUCGCUCUGGAGGCUCAUGCCAUCAAGGCCAGCAGCUUCAAUGGGAUGACCUGCACUGUGUUCCAGAAGGUCUCACCGGAGCGCACACCCAUGGCCCAUUUCUCUCCCAGAGACUCCGACAUCAACCCAGAGCGCCAGCUCAGCUUCAAAUGCAACGUGACCAGCAACCUGUCAGCAUUGGUUCACAAAAACGCUAUAGUGGAGGCGUCACUACAGCUUCCCCCGUCUCUCUUCUCAUCUCUGGGAAGUUCAGGUCAGGCCGAACUUCAUAGCCUUCCGCAACGGCAAACUCUUCCCCCAACGGGAAACUCCACCGUCUUCAGUGAUGGCUGCAAGAGGAGGAGCGUGGCCACACCUGUGAUUCUCACAAAGAUUGAACAUUUUAACAUUUUAACUAAACUCCUCACCUGUGCUGUGUUUGUGGGCAGCAUGAACCAAACAUACAAUGCAAGUGUUUGUCAAGCGGUGGGGAUAGUGCUGCAUUACUCCACACUGGCUACGGCCCUGUGGUCCGGCGUAACGGCACGCAACAUCUACAAACAGGUGACGCGGAAGGCCAAGCGCUACGAGGAGCUGGAUGAGCCUCCACCUCCACCCAGGCCUAUGCUGAGAUUCUACUUAAUAGGUGGAGGCAUACCGAUCAUUGUCUGUGGAAUAACAGCUGCUGCUAACAUCAAAAACUACGGAAGUCAAGUCAAUGCACCUUAG